UCGCUGCUGUAAAACUGUUGACUGUGAUUACUAUUUGCGAUGCGAUGACGAUGAAACAGUUGAAAGCAACAGCCAAGACGAUGCGUAAAAGCUGCCAACCGAAGAACAAUGUAUCGGAUGAAAAAAUAGAUCCAAUCAACGAGGGCGUAUUUUAUGAAGAGAAAGAAGUGAUGUGUUACAUGGCGUGUAUUAUGAAAAUGGCGAAUGCGAUAAAAAAUAACAAAUUGAGCUACGAUUCUGCGGUGAAGCAAGUGGAUCUUCUGUUGCCUGAGGAGCUAAAGGAACCUGCCAAAGCGGCGCUGGCCGCAUGCCGGAAAGUUGCCGAAGGAUACAAGGACAUUUGUGAAGCAGCCUUCCACACAACGAAGUGCAUUUACAACUUUAAUCCCGACAUAUUUUUCUUCCCUUAUUUUUCAGUGACAAUGAAAGAGAAGGAGACUUAUAUAAUUGUGGUAGCUACGUUGCUGACAGUAGCGAUCUUGUGCGAUGGGAUGUCGGUGAAGCAAAUGAAAUACAUGGCAAAGUUAACACGGAUGAAUUGUCAAUCGAAGACCAACGCAUCAGAUGGUGAAAUUGAUCUCAUCCAAAAAGGUAUAUUCAGUGGAGCUAGCAAAGAUGUGAAGUGCUACAUCGCGUGUAUGAUGAAAAUGGCCGGCACGUUGAAAGGAUCUGAUUUCAAUUAUGAAAGUGCCAUGAAGCAGGCAGACACAAUGCUACCAGACGAUAAGAAAAAACUGAUGAAAGAAGCGCUAAAGGCUUGCAAAAACUCAAGUGAUCCGUACAAGGACCCCUGCGAGGCUGCUUAUCACAUAAGUCAAUGUUUCUACAAUCAUAAUCCUGAGAUGUUUUAUAUUCCAAAAAAUCGUUUGACAAUGUCAAUUUAUAUUGUGAUAGCCACGUUGCUGACGCUAGCGCUGCUAUGCGAUGGGAUGACGAUGAACCAAAUAAGAGCCAUGGGGAAGUCUCUACGAAAGAAUUGUCAACCGAAGAACAACGUAUCUGAUGAACAAGUCGAUCCCAUCGGCAAAGGAGUAUUCAGUGGAGCUAACAAAGAUGUGAUGUGCUACAUCGCGUGUAUCAUGAAAAUGUCUGGCACGUUAAAGGGAGCAAAGAUGAAUUAUGAAAAUGCCAUUAAGCAGGCGGACACAUUGCUACCGGAUGACAUGAAGGAACCGGCGAAACAAGCGCUGACGGGUUGCAAAAACUCAGGAGAUCCGUACAAGGACCCUUGCGAGGCUGCUUAUCACAUAAGUCAGUGCAUCUACAACUUUAAUCCUGAUAUAUUUUAUUUUCCAUAAUAAUAGUUACACUUACCCAUUGCUGUUAUCAUUUUUAGGGUUCCGUACCCAAAGGGUAAAAAAUAAAAAUUCAUCAAAUCUUGUAUAACCUUCAAUUCAUCAAAACGGGACCCUAUUACUAAGACUUCGAUGUC